CGCAUCUUUAAUUGAUCGUCCCUCAAACCACCCAAUCCUUGCUCGUCGCGUCACUUCUUUGUCUGCCAUCAAACUCCAAUUUUAGGUCUGGCACUUGGUUUGAAUUAGCUGCAUAUUGACUGCUGUACCUAUUUUAUUCCCUUCUCUGCAUUGAUCUGCUGUGCUUUGCUCUGCACCGCUCUUUCUGUCUUGUCUUGUCUUGUCUUGUCUUGUCUCGUCUUGUUUCUCAUAUAAAACUGAGACAUGGCCUGAGGUGAUGAUCUUCUCUGCAAGACUCUUUCUUUCGUGGCACUAUCCAACUUUGAUUGUCCCUUGAGCAUCUCUAAAUAAUCGCCAUAUCCUCCAAUUUGACCAAUUCAACUGCUGUCACCUCCGCUGUUGCCGCCGCUACCAUUGAUUCAUUCCCCACGAUCGACCGACCGAACCCACGAUAUCAGCAGACCACCGUUCCGUUCCCUCUUGGGCAUGGAACCUUAAUGACGACAUACUUUCACCAAAGACUCCGAUAAUACCUCCAUCAUGGCCGCCGUGCGCAUCUGCGUCUGCGGUGAUGAAAGCACCGGCAAAUCGAGCCUCAUCGCUUCUCUCGUCAAAGAUCAAUUUGUCAACAACAAAAUCCAGCCCGUCCUUCCUCAAAUCACUAUUCCUCCUAGUAUUGGUACUCCCGAGAAUGUCUCAACAACGAUCGUCGAUACCUCAGCUCGCCCGCAAGACCGAACUACAUUGCGCAAAGAGAUCCGAAAGUGCAAUGUCAUCCUCCUCGUCUAUGCCGAUCAUUACAGCUACGAAAGAGUAGCACUGUUCUGGAUGCCAUAUUUCCGAUCCCUCGGUGUCAACGUCCCCGUCGUAUUAUGUGCCAACAAAUCCGAUCUGGCUGGUCAGGGUACCACACCUCAGGUAGUCGAGGAGGAAUUGUUACCUGUGAUGGCCGAAUUCCGCGAAAUCGAUUCUUGCAUCCGCACCAGCGCCCGAGACCAUCGAAACGUAAACGAAGUCUUUUUCCUUUGUCAAAAGGCUGUAACUCAUCCGAUUGCCCCUCUAUUUGACUACAAGGAGGGGCAUCUCAAGCCUCUGUGCGUUGAUGCGCUGAGGCGCAUAUUCUAUCUUUGCGACAAAGAUCAGGACGGAUAUCUCAAUGAACAAGAAAUGAGAGACUUCCAAGCACGCUGCUUCGAUAAACCUCUAACAGCGGACGAUCUAGACAAUAUCAAACUCAGUAUCUCGAAAUCGUUGCCCACGUCCGAUUUAGAAAAAGGCAUUGACCUGCCAGGAUUCCUGCAAUUAAAUAAGCUUUAUGCUGAGAAGGGUCGCCAUGAGACUAUCUGGAUUAUCCUUCGAAAAUAUCACUACACUGAUAGUCUCAGUCUCGAGGACAAGUUUAUUCGACCCAAGUUCGAUGUUCCAGAGUACUCGUCGGCCGAGUUGAGUCCUGCUGGUUAUAGAUUCUUUGUGGAUCUGUUCUUGCUAUUUGACAAGGACAAUGAUGGUGGUCUCAAUGAUCAAGAGCUCGAGGCUCUGUUUGCCCCAGCUCCAGGGCUUCCCAGUUCCUGGACCGACUCGUCGUUCCCCUCCUCGACUGUAAGGAAUGAAGCUGGGCAUGUCACUUUACAGGGCUGGCUGGCUCAAUGGAGUAUGACAACAUUUAUCGAACCCAAGACAACUAUUGAAUAUCUUGCAUAUCUUGGGUUUGAGCCUCCGAAUCCCAAGGAACCCAUCACCGCGGCACUCAAGAUAACCAAGCCUCGUAAGAGAAGAAGACGUCCUGGUCGGGUUGAGCGUAACGUGGUCCUCUGCUACAUUCUUGGUGCAUCAGGAGCAGGCAAAUCCGCUCUCCUCGACUCAUUCCUCAACCGCCCGUUUGAUGGUCUUUACCAUCCGACCAUCAAGCCACGCCGCGCUGUCAACAGUGUCGAGCUGCCUGGCGGAAAGCAAGUGUAUCUCAUUCUGGAAGAGCUUGGGGAGCUGGAGCCUGCAAUCCUUGACAACCCGGCCAAAUUAGAUGCUUGCGAUCUUAUUUGCUACGCCUAUGACUCGUCUGACCCCGACUCGUUCUCGCAUAUCGUUGAUCUGCGGAACAAAUACACGCACCUUGAUGAGCUCCCCUCAAUUUAUACUGCUCUCAAGGCCGAUAAAGACAAGACCAACCAACGCUGCGAACUUCAGCCAGAUCAAUAUACUGCCUCACUCAACAUGAGCCUGCCGUUACAUGUGAGUGUCACCUGGGGUAGCAUCAGUGAGCUUUUUGUAGCUUUUGCAGAUGCCGCUACAAAUCCUAGUACGGCUUUCCCCAGGAGCAAUGAGGAGGGGCCUGAUCGGACCAGUUUGUACAUUGCGUUGGGCGCCACGGCCUGCGCAGGCGUUGCUGCUCUGACGAUAUGGCGGCGGGCAACGAAUGCUCUUUAAUGAGUGUCACAGUUGAGUAGAUGUUCACCGGGCCUCGGCGACUUUGAAGGAGGAGUUCGUUACUUGGGAAGUGGACAGGCAUUGCAUAGGAAGGAGUUGAAACUCACCAUUCAGAAAGAAACAUGAUACCCAGCUCCACCGAAAAACAUUUAUCACAUAGAUAUAUAAUCAACAAACAUCGUCUUUCCUUAUUUUGAUCGACUUGCCCUAGGGAUAGUGGCGUCGUUUCUCUUAUAUAUGAGCCAAACUCCUCAACACCAAGCCCAUGAUACCACCCUCAAUGUGUUAUACCGGUACAGAAAUUAUUAGACCUUGUAGAAGCAGAAACCGACGUAGAAACUAGCAGCUUCCAUCUCCUCAUCAGAUACCAGAAGAGGGCCUCCACCACGCUCCCGUACGCCCAUGCGCUCGCUCAGGGGACCAAGCUCGCGGUCAUCCUUCUCUGCCUCCCAGAUUUCAGGAAAGGUGCGGUGAAACUGCAACUCAAGGUUGUAGUCCUCGGCAAGAGCACGGAAGGCCUCCCAAGGUACCACGUACUCAGGCACCUCCUCUACGGCUUCGUCUAGAAAGAAGUUGUAUUUCCAGCCGAAGGCAGGUCGAAAGACGCCAUCGUCAGGUGUUUUUCCCGGGAAGCGCACGCGGUAAAUCGAGUUACCCCAUUCAGCAGUCGGUUCCUCCUCGCCCUCUUCCAGCUCGCCAUCCUCUGGCUCUGUUUGUUGCGGUGUUGUCGAGCCAUCGCCGUUCUUUUCUUCGCUUUGCUUUGCUGCACGCUUGACAGCAGCCUCCUCGUUGAAUUUGCGGACUCGCUCGCCCAGAACAUCAGAAUUAGGGAUGCAGCCGAUGAAACGUCCUCCUUUCUUGAGUGCUCCAGCGACGUUGCGGAGCAUAUUGCGCGCGUUCUUCUCCGACUCGAAAGCAUAGUGCAUAGAGAACAUCAUGCUGACAACGUCGAAACCUCGGCGAUUCAUGGGCGAAGGGUCAAAGCCGACUUGUUGGAUGAUGUCGAGGUUCUCAAUGGACUCGCCGAAACAAUCUUUAACGUGGAAACGAGCGUCGAAUAAGCGCGGUGGCGGUCGUCGAUGUCCGCCUCGUCCGCCUCGCCCGCCACGGCUACCCAGUGUACGGUAGCGGUCGCGAGCUUGCUCAAUACUCACGUCAGCGGGAUCGAGUCCAACAUAAAGCUGAAUUGGCUGGGGAGCCUGCUGCCAUUUGUUGAGAUCGCCGCCCUUUCCACAUCCCAUAUCCAGUACAAGUAGGUCCUUGCCACUGGAGCGUCCAGCUUCGCGCGAACCAGGGGUGUGGUCUUCAUCAGGUGAAUAACGCUGAAUGAUGCAGCUCUUGAUCCAAUUGUUGAAAACACGAAGUCCUUUGAUCUUGCUGUCUCUUGUUCUCCAGUCGCGACCACGCUCUGGUACGUUGUUGUAGUGGUGUCGCACAAGGUCACUAUUGUUUCGGAUCCUCUCCUGUUCAGCUUCGGCGGCUUCCUCAGCAGCAGCUUCGCGUUCUCGCUCGAGUUGGCGCUGUCGAAUGGCUUCACGCUCAGCCUCUGAGAUACGCGCACGCGCACCGGGGCGCUUCAGCUUUCGAGGUUGUUCUGAUGGCGAGAGGGCGCGCCGCUUUGCUGGCUGAAGUGACUUGGCGUUGUAUGGUUGGGGUAGAUCAUCUUGAGGUUCGUCGUUGGCAGGGCGUUUGCGGUGGUUUCGCUCAUCGCCGUCGUCGCGAUCAGAGUCUCUGCCCAUUUCUGACAGCUUCAAUCGUGCUUUUCGUGAUAUAUGUGUCGAUUGAUAUUGCAAUGGUAGAUGCGAAGUUGGAUGUUGAAGUUAUUGGAUUGAAAGGGAAAUGGAUAUGAUGCAAGUUCUGUAUCUAAUCUCAGUGUUGCAGUGGUGUAAGGGUGCUUGGACCAUGCGGUCCAG